GUCUGAUACAAGGCAGUCGUUUUGUAUACUCGUUAUAAAAAAUGUUUCCGAACUGUUAAUUAUUAUCUGUGGUAAUUACCAAUAAGUAUUGUACCAGGUCAUUAAAUCGUAAAAAAAUAAUUUGUGUUUAUGUGUGUGUAUAAUGUUGAAUAGGAAGUAAAUAUAUAAAUUAUACAAAUUGCGUCUUGCUGUUCGCAUUAUGUUAAGGAAAGCCAUAUUAAUAUUCGGUUGGACCGUUUUAUUUUCAUUUUUGACCGGUUCAACAGGGGUAUACCUUUCAAACCUAUCGCAGGAAUGCUUCAACUGCCUCUGUUAUGUAUCCACAAACUGCGAUACCUCCCAUGAGUGCACAGGGGGGUACUGUGGGCCCUUUAAUAUAUCCAGAGUGUAUUGGGUCGACGCUGGCAAAGUGACCCUGCCUGAUGAUGACCCGGAGCGGAAUCAUGCUUGGGAAGACUGCGCGCGUGACUUCACCUGUUCGAAGCGGAUUAUUUCAGGAUAUCUGUCGAAGUUCGGUCAGGAUUGCAACAAAGACGGCGUCACCAACUGCUUCGACUUCAUGAUGGUGAACGGCAACGGUGGCUACAGUUGUCACAAGCCGCUGAACAUAUCGGUGAAUGGGCGGCGAUGGUUGAAGAGAUUUGAUGAGUGCAAGCGGUCGAUACCAAAUUUUGAAUAAAGCUUUUACCUUA